CAAAAAAAAUUAAUUAUUUUUUUUUAUAAAUUUGAAACUCCUCCCCCUCCCAUUCUCACACCUUCAAUUUUCACAUAUUCUUCAAUUUUCCAAUUCUCCAACUCUCUUUUGAACAUGAAUCCUUCCGGCUCCGGCUUCUUCCCCGACGAUCUCAAGCCUCACGAGUCCGCGAUGUGGUAUUUCCAACAAUACGGGAAUCAUCCGCCGAUGUUCGAGACACAACAAUCGGGGUACGUCGAGCGAGAUUCGGUUCUGGAGACUCAACCGGGACCAUUCGGCACCAAAAAAAGUGCACGCCGGAAGAGCCACAAAGCGAAAGGCACGAUGACCGAGGCGGCACGGUCAAUCCAAAAGUGGACGCUGGAGGAAGAGUGCUUAUUGGCAUCGGCUUGGGUUGACGUCUCCGAGCAUCCUAUCGUUGGUUCAGAGCAAACGAAGGAUGCAAUGUGGGAUCGUAUCGAGGAGAAGUUCUUCACGGCGAUGAAUAAGGACGGCUCUUACCGUACCCGGGACCAACUCACUUCCAAAUGGAGCCACAUUAAUCGUAAAGUCCGAAAGUUUAUCGGAGUUUACGAUGAAUGCGCCCGGUCCCGGAGGAGCGGGACGAACGACGGCGAUGUUCUCCGGCUUGCCACGACCCGGUAUCAAGAUGACGGGCACCAAGGCAAGGUGUCCAUCGAUCUUUGGAGGAUUUUGAGCCGUUCCCCGAAGUGGCAACAACUCAACAUUCCCGACGGCGGAUCGUCAAAGAAAAGAUCCUCCGUCGACACCGAGGUUGAGGUCGACGACACUAUCGGUUCGUCCGAACAAAUGCUUCCCUUCAACAUUGCGGAUUCCGAUGACAAGGACCCCAUUCCAUGGCCGGUCGGAAGAAAGAAGGCAAAAUCCAUUGCCUCGGUGUGGAGGCGAGAAAUCUACUCCGGCAGGUUUGAAGCGUUGUUUGGCAGAGAACGACGGCUCAUGGCGGCCGCUCGCCGGACCUUAAUAAGAACAAGUGUCGAUUUGGCUCGUGCUGCUACUUCAUGGAGAAGAAGUUUAUCUUCAAGAUCUUUACCGGUUGAUGAAACGGCGUCUUCCGGUGAACGCCGCCGCGGCACCAGCGACGAGCUUCGGCGCCGGAUUUUCAAUAGCUCAUGGAGUACGACUUCCGUCCUCCGGAAUUGGGUGAACCAGGGACGAAAAGUUUCUGCUUCCGAGCUUCGCCUUGUCUCUAGGCUGCUCAUCAAACGCCGUCGUUUCAAACAAGCUCUUGAGAUUCUAACAUGGAUGGAAGCUCAAGAUAGUUCUGCCAUGUCUGCUUCUGAUUACGCAAUCAGGUCCGAAUUAACGGUUAAAAUCCACGGUUCAAAAGUAGCUGAAGAAUAUUUUGAAAAACUCCACAGCUCCAUUUCAAAGAAAGCUUCCUGUCUCCCUCUUCUUCAUUUCUAUGUCAAAGAAAGGGACACCGAGAAGGCAGAAGCUCUGAUGUUGAAAAUGAACAGAUUGGGGUUUGCCGUGACAACUCAGCCCUUCAAUGAGAUGAUGAAGCUCUAUAUGGCCACGUCUCAGUACACCAAAGUACCAUCUGUCAUCCUUCAAAUGAAGCAUAACAAUAUACCCCUAAAUGUCCUCUCCUAUAACCUGUGGAUGAGUGCAUGUGGAGAGCUGAAUGGCGCCUCAUCGGUAGAGAUUGUGUACAAUGAAAUGUUCAACGACCCACACGUUGGCGUGGGGUGGAGCUCUUUGUGCACGUUAGCUAACAUAUACCUAAAAUCUGGACUUACCCACAAGGCUAUUCUGGUCCUGGAGCUCGCCGAGAAGAAAUUGUCCAAGGAUAACCGCCUUGCUUAUUUCUUUAUUAUUACAAUGUACACCUCUUUAAACAACAAGGAAGGCGUGCACCGGCUUUGGGAAGCUUCGAAAGGUGUAAAAGAAAGAAUGACUUGUGCUAAUUACAUGUGCAUGGUGUCAUCUUUGGUGAAGCUCGGGGAGAUCAAGGACGCUGAGGGUGUUUUCGAAGAGUGGGAGGGUCAGUGUAGAACAUAUGAUGUCAGAGUCCCCAACAUUCUUCUCGGUGCGUACGCGAGGAGUGGAUUAAUGGGGAAAGCUGAGUCGUUAUGUCUUCGCAUUUUGGAGAGGGGCGGAGUUCCAAAUUAUAAGACCUGGGAAAUAUUAAUGGAAGGCUGGGUUAGAACUUAGAAGGCGAAGUAAAGAGAAAGGCAAUGAUGUCGUCAUGCAAAGAGAACGGCGUUGAUUGUGAGCAUUGCAAACUACUCGCAGAAGAAGAGUGAAAAUGCUGAAGAUAAGCCACAUCUUACACGCUCUAAGGCUUUGUUUAGUAGCCAUAAUUGGCGUAUUCUGCUCAUACAAGCAGGACGACUAGGUUCUAUUUCUUCGGUUGAAAGGGUUUUACCAAAUGGUUUCCCCAAAUGGAUACUGAGCCAGAAAAGAGUUUUUAUGACNCCGCGCCCGUUGCCCGACAACCCCAUUUUUGCAACCCUAAAACUGCACUGCUGCAAUAAGUUUGGGAGAAAUUCCUGCAACUCUUCUCCUCUUCUGGUAAACUGUGAAUAUGUAUUCGAGUUGCAUGUUGGUCUUGUGUUAAUCUCAAAUGCACCAAGAUAUAAAAAAUGUUCUACCUUUGU